AUGGGCUAUCACAGUACCUGGUUCAAGCCAGGACGCCAGACUCAAUGGGCUAUCACUAUCAACUGCCUCCACGCUUUCUUCUUGUUCGGCUACGAUCAAGGAGUCUUUGGCGGUUUGAUCUCCAACCCGGACUUCUUAGCUGUCGUUGAACAUCCUUCAGAGGCUUUCCUCGGUUUCAUAGUCUCGAGCUAUAAUCUUGGCUGUCUCGCCGGAUGCCUCCUCAACUUCUUUGUCGGCAGUGGUAUCGGACGGAGACCAACAUUAUGGCUUGCCAUGUUGUUGAUCAGUCUAGGUGCUGUUCUGCAGGCUGCAGCCUUUGGCACUCCGCAGAUGGUUGUUGGAAGAAUCGUUACAGGCUUCGGAGUCGGUGUCGACACAUCCACGGUGCCAAUGUACCAAGCGGAGUUGUGCAAAAGCCAUGUCCGUGGUCGUCUCGUCACCACCGAGGUGCUUUUCACCGCGCUCGGGAUUGCGGUGGCUUACUUCUUUGCCUUCGGAAUGAACUUCGUCGGGGGAGCGGUUGCCUGGAGGUUACCGAUUGCCGCCCAGAUCCUGCCAGCUGUCGUCAUUUCGAUCGUACUCUUCGGCUUACCCGAAACGCCGAGAUGGCUGAUUGAGAGAGGACGUAUCGAUGAGGCCACUAAAGUCAUGUGCCAGGUCUAUGGCACUGGUCCAGAAGACGAAUACAUCGUUACAGAAAAAGCCGCCAUCAUCGAGGCUCUGGAGUUCGAGAGCGCAAAUCCGUUCAGCUGGAAACAUGUACUCAAGAAAGAUCGUGUACAGACUGGAUGGAGAGUGUGGCUUGCUAUACUUGCUCUUUCUUUCAACCAGUGGUCAGGGAUCAACGUCAUUGUCUUCUACAUUGGCACCGUCCUGGAAGUCAACGUCGGCUUGCCCAGAAGUACAGCCCUCGUAGCUGGGGGCUGCAUCAAUCUCGCUUUCGCCGCAGGUUCCUUAGUACCGGCUCUCUUCUUGGACCGCAUCGGACGUAGAAAACCCAUGAUCUGUGGAACGAUUGCCAUGGGCUUUUCCUUGAUGGUCAUCUCAAUCCUUUUAUCUUAUCAAGGCACGUCGUCGGAGGCCGUGACCUCGAAGGUGGCCAUCGCUUUCUUCGUACUGUACAUGCUGUUCUUCGGAAGUAGCCUCAACGCCAUUCCCUGGUGCUAUGCUCCGGAGAUACUUCCCCUCAAAGCACGAGCCAAAGGCACAUCAUUGGCCGUGAUGAUGAAUUGGGUCUUUGUAUUCACAAUCGUAAUGGUCACUCCAACCAUGAUAACGAACAUCAAAUGGAAGACUUAUCUUGUCUUCAUGGCUUGUAAUUUCGCGAUAGCUCCCUCCAUUUUCUUCCUCUUCCCAGAGACCACCAGGCUUUCACUCGAGGAAAUUGAUCACAUCUUCAUCAAAGAGAUAGAGUCAUUGGAUUCAUAUGAUCUUGUGGAGGCGGAGACGAACACCUUCAGGAAGGCCGAGCAGGCUGGCGUCAUGGAGACAAGACACGUAGGAUGA